AUGCCACCUCCGAACGACCACGAUGCCUCAAGGAGCGAAGAUGCAAAGCCGUCACAGACGGACGAGCCAAUGUUUCCCGAAGACCUAUUUGCUGACUGGCCAGAAGGCUUCCAUCCCCCCACACCUUCAACACCAUUGCCACAACGGAGCUUCGAGGAGAAGCUUGAGCAAUACCCCGAUGAUGACUUCUAUCGCGGUCUCCGAGAAAGCAUGGUCCAAGUGCGCGCCGAGAGCCAGAGAAAGGUGGAAGCUCUAGGUUUUUCCUCUUGGAAGGAGAAGGAGAGCCAUGAUCUGGAGGAGAGACGCAAAUGGUUGAAAGAAUAUGUCAUGGAACAUGGGCAUUCCCCUCCGCCUCCCGUCAUAACAGAGGAUCAAAGGAUUGCGGCGGAGCUGCAGUACCAGAGGAGCGUGAAGCCCAAGCCCGUACCCUGUGACUGCGAGGAGCACCUCCACCCCUGCUUUUGCCCACAGAAGCUUCUCAACUACAAAUCCCAGGGCGAUGAUCCCUCUGACUUCCACUUCCUUCAAUCCCUACAUCCUCCUGAAUUGAACGUCCGCAUCCAAGAGAGUGACACUUCAAAUCGUAUCCCUGAUAGGUGGCUGGAACAUGUUUGGGGUAUUCCAUCUCAGGAUAGGAUUCUGCGCUUGCCGCAAUGGGUCAAAAGAGACGAAACCGUUCAACGCAUGAUCGAUAAAGAAGAGGUGGACGAGACAAUAUAUCCUUGCGACUACGACCAAAAUAAGAACCAUCCACCCCCCCUCAGGACCGUAUCGUUGACUCCAGACUUUAGUGCGGAGGAGAAUGCUGAAGCUUCGCGGGAUUUCAAGCGUCAUGGCGAGCCGAACCGUCACAAAAACCGGGAGGAAAGCGCUGCGGGGCGCAACCCAAAGCUGGAACCACCAAGAAUUACUACAAAAGUCGACAAUGUCCAUGCUAGUCUCCUGAUAGAACCGACCACCGACCUUCCUGAAACCCGAAGCCAAUUAGCUGCUGAACCUACCACCCAACGAUCGAGACGUGGCCGCAGCAGAAAUGCCUCGGCCCUGGGAGUGAACAAGACCAAACGUGCCUCACGGGCACAAGCAUGUGGUAUCAAGAAGCGACCUGCAAGCAUGAAAGAAGCGGCUGGGAAAGCUACCUUAUCUGGCAGAAUGCGAACCCGCGCCCAGGGUGUCCUGAGUUUUCUGGCACUGGAUUCCAGUGGUCGUGCAACCACCAUUUCUGGAGAUUGA